AUGCAUCCUCAUCUCCAUACAAAGAACGCCCUAGCGUGCGAAGAGGUCAUCGCCGCCCUCGAGCAGUGCCAUGCCCAGGGCUUCAUGCACAAGGCUGUUGGAAGCUGCAAUACUGCCAAGGAAAGGGUCAACGAAUGUCUAAAGAUUGAGAGAUCCAAGAUGCAGGCCGAGAACCGCAAUGCCGCUCGCGCAAAGCGUGACAAGAUCAAGGAGCAACAGCCCGACGAUUCCGAAUUCGAUGAUAGUGGGUUAACGGUCGAUUCUAUUCAAUAUGUGCUAUGA